UACCCAUGCACAAGUUGGAGACAGAAGAAGAAAAGCAGGCAGCACCAGCAGAGGAAGGUGUUCAGGACUGCUAUUAUAAGUUUUAACUCCAGGAAGAAACACACUGAAUACAGUCAGAUGUGAAAACUGCAGAAAAACAAUCAGCAUGCCUGGCGAAAGCAUCAGGAAUCGGGUCGGUCGCUGGCCAGGUGUUACACUAUGGGAUGAUGAACCAAUGAAGGUGGAUUUGGUGCCAGAGAACAAUAAGGAGAAAGAGGAAGGGACGUGUCAGAGGUGGUUUCAUAAAAUAUGCCCAUGCUGCUAUCGUCUUGCCAACAAUGAACCUGAUGACACUGGCACUGAGAUCACUGUAGGGCUAGAGGAUCACAGUGAAAAGCCACCAGCAGAAACUACUGAGACAAAUGAAAAUCUGUUAUCAGUGCACUCCAUAGACCUCAUCAAGUCCAAAAAAGGUGAAAACCGCCUGAAUCAUCACACGGAGCAUUACCAUAGCAAAAACCUCAUCAUCCGCCGAGGGCAGACGUUUCAGAUGUGGAUAGAGCUCUCACGACCUUUCGACCCCAAAACUGACAAACUACACCUCGAGCUCAAACUUGGUCCUAACCCAAUGGUAUCAAAGGGCACGCUAGUGACAAUUCUUCUAGUUGACAAGUUGCAGGACAACUGCUGGGAAGCCAAGAUUGUUGACAAGGAAGGCAGCAAAAUAAAACUGUUAGUCAACUCCCUGCCAACUGCUCCCAUUGGCCAAUACAAGCUCACUGUGGCAACUCAGACUCCCAGUGGGACUAGCACUUCAACAUAUAAACCUGAAAAUGAUAUCUACAUGCUGUUUAACCCCUGGUGUGAAGAUGACUUGGUGUAUAUGGAUGAUGAGAAGGAGAGGAAAGAGUAUGUUCUGAACGAUGUGGGGAGACUCUACUACGGUACUGAGUCUCAGAUUGGAGAAAGAACCUGGAACUUUGGACAGUUUGCUGAAGGGAUUCUGGAAGCAUGCCUGUUUGUACUGGAGAAGAGUCAAACCCCUGCUUCUGGGUGGGGAGACCCUGUUAACAUUUCCAGACUUGUGUCAGCCAUGAUCAACUCUCCUGAUGACCAAGGUGUGCUGGAAGGCAAUUGGUCCGGUAUAUAUGCAGAUGGGACCUCUCCAACAGCAUGGAGUGGCAGUGUGGAUAUUCUGAAGCAGUACCACAAAAGCAGAGGAUUGCCUGUCAAAUACGGGCAGUGUUGGGUCUUCUCAGGUAUCACCACCACAGUUCUCAGGUGUUUUGGCAUCCCCACCCGUAGUGUCACAAACUUCAAAUCUGCCCAUGACACAGACGUUUCUUUAACAUUUGAUGUAUAUUUGGAUGAGAACAUGGAACCAAUUUCUGAGCUCAACAGUGAUACUAUCUGGAAUUUUCAUGUAUGGAACGAAUCUUGGAUGGCUCGGUCUGACCUGCCAGUUGGCAUGGGAGGUUGGCAGUUGGUGGAUGCCACACCUCAAGAGACAAGUCAGGGCUCGUUCUGCUGUGGCCCUACCUCGGUGGCUGCUAUUCGUAAUGGACAAGUCUACCAUAAAUAUGACACACCCUUUGCCUUUUCCGAGGUGAACAGUGAUAAGAUCUACUGGCAGAAGAACGCUGAUGGCACCUUCACUCAGAUCUACAGUGAGAAGAAUGUGGUGGGCCACUGCAUCAGCACCAAGGCAGUUGGCUCUGACAAGAGAGAAGACAUCACACACCUCUACAAACACCCAGAAGGGUCUGAAGAGGAGCGAAUCACAGUAGAAACUGCCAUUCGCCAUGGGUCAAAGCCUAACAUCUACCCCACUGCUGUGGCCACAGAUGUCACAUUAAAGGUCACAAUGACAGGAGAAGGACCUCGAAUGGGAGAGGAUGCAGAGCUGUCCAUCACUGUAAAGAACGGCAGCUCUGAGAAGCGCAGUACCAUCCUCCACAGCCAGGUGGCAGUCAUGUACUACACUGGAGUGCAAAAAGCUAUGAUGAAAAAGGAUGAUAUCGUGGUGGAGCUCAAACCCAAUGAAGUCCAGACACUGGAAUGGACCCUUCCAUACAAUCUGUAUAAAAAUGAACUGGUAGACCAGGCAGCCCUGAUGCUCACCCUAUCUGGGCGAGUCAGUGAGACCAAUCAGGUUCUAGCCACCCAGUUCGAUUUCCGGCUGCGCACGCCUGACAUUAUAAUCACCCCUGUAGGGGAUGCUGUAGUUGGUAGAGAAGUGGCAGCUACAAUCACCUUUAAAAAUCCAUUACCGCAAGUUCUGAAAAAUGUGAAGAUCCGCAUCGAGGGCUUGGGCUUGCAGAACAUCAGAGAGAUCUCCUAUGGUGACGUGGGCAGUCUGGCGACCAUCACCCUGACCGAGAAGUUUAUUCCAACCUUACCUGGUCAGAGGAAGCUGCUUGCCUCUCUGGACUGUCAGCAGCUCACACAGGUUCACGGCGUUGCCAACAUCUCCGUCAAGGAGAAGUGAAAACACGCAGGAACACAAACUGACAUGCACCAUGCAUUCUGUUCUACAGUGGUGCUUGAAAGUUUGUGAACCCUUUAGAAUUUUCUAUAUUUCAACAUAA